UGUCCCGGAUAUGACCAAUGAGGAGGCCGCAGGAUUACGCUCGGCCAAUCGGUACCCAAGUUUUCCCUUCGCGCGGCCGGUUUGAUCAUAGUGUCUGAGGAAAGGAGAAGAUGGCGGCGGAGCGGUGACCCGGUUGUGAGGGGGGAGGAGGGGGUCACCGGAGCCGCCAUGACGUCUUCGUACAAUGUGGUGUUGUUGGUGGACGCCGCGGACUCGGCGCUGAAGGAGCGGGUGAAGCUUCUGUCGCUCCGGCUGCUGAACUUCUUGACGUGCCGCGUAGGCCUCGGUCAGGUCCGCUGGAGUUAUCGCUUCCUGAACUCCUCAGGCGGCCGCUGCCGGCCCCCCCGCUGCUCGGACCUGAGGGAGCUCGGCCCCCGGAGCUGGGAUGAGUUCGAGGAGGAGCUGGAGGCCUGCUGGGAGAGAGGACGGAGCGGCCGGGGAUCCACUACCGCCACCUGCCGGGCCGCCCUCACCCACACCGCCCUGCUGGAGACUCUGUCCGACUUCCAAUGGGACCGACCGGACAUCUCCUCCCCCACCAAGCCGGCCCUGGUGAGGGGGCGCCGGGGGAGGCUGAUCGCUGUGGAUGAGCCGCUGAAAGCUGAGCCCCAGGCCGGGUGUUAUAAUGCUGUGUUCCUCCUAUCCCCCGCUCCGCACUCCCGGGACCAACUCCGCCUCUUCACUGGAUCCGCGGGGGAGGAGCCAGGACUACAACCACUGAUGGAUCGACUACUCCCCCGAGGACUGCAGGACAUCGCCCGGGGGAAGAGAGUCACCCUGUACUGGAUGGACGCCUCCCACUGGGCACAGGUUUGGGAUUCCUGCGAUCAUUUUGGAUACUGGAAAAUGGUGGAAUUGAUGCAGAUGGUUGGUGGUAAAAUUUUGCCAUCUGAGUGUUUGUUGGACUCUACAUUCCAGCAAGUAUCGGAGAAGCCGUGCGCUCACGUGACGCCUUUAAAGAUUCCGUGUGAUUCUGUGCUGAGUUCUCUGAUGGGCAAUGAUUGUGAAAUGAAAAUUCAGUUCCCUCAGCAGAAUUGCACUUUGUAUUUCACAGCAGCUGGUGGAAUCGGAAAUCGGGAAUGUGCUGUUACUUUGGAACCUGUUUCUGUAAAUCAGAAACACUUCAAAAGUUUGAUUAAAAUCAUUUUAAAAGGAACUAUUCAAAGCUGGGACUGGCGUCAGAUGGGUAGUUUUGCAUUGGAUACCUGGAUUCUUCAAAAUUCAUCCAACACUUGUCAAACUCCGUGCCUAUUCUUUCAGCAGCUGCUGUCUGCUGCAAUGUCAAAAGGUCUGCUCUUGGUUGCUGAUGUAUUCACAGAGGAUGACUUGUCUCUGAAUACCGGGAUCCUGUCUCCAAUUUCAGGAACUGCAGCAGUUCUUAGUGUAAUUAGAAGUGGUGAAUCUUUUAAGCUUCAAAGAUCUCUUCUUGAUGAGAAUGAAAAAGAAUGCAGCGACGACGGAACUUCAUCUGAUCUCUCAGAUAUUGUGAAGAGCGUCCUUCACCAUGUUUAUAAUUUUGAUGAGAACAUUCAGUCACCCGAUGUCGCUAUGCCAGAGUGGAUUAAACAAGAAUUGUCACAAAGCAGUCGAUGGAGCUCCUCAGUUAUUGAGAGAUGGUACCCCAUGUCUGGAACCUCUGGGGCUAGCAGCAAUUUAAUGGAAUCCUUUAGGCUGAUAAGUGCAGAAUCUUUUGACCAGGAUGAGCAGAGCUAUGAUCAAGACAUAACAAAUUGUUUGUCAGAGUGCUACCAAAAGAAGUCAAGUGAGGAGUCUGGAAGUGUGACCCAAAGCGACAACCAAAAGAAGCGUCUUCCUCGUACUCCUGUGAGGCAGAAGAUGAAGACCAUGCCUCGUGCUCUGCAGAUGUUGAAUACAGCCAGGUUAAAUUCAAAGGCUCAGAAAUCCCAACCAGAGGCUGCACCUGUUGCUCCUGCUGAGAAGAGUUCACAGGCAAAGAGAAGAUCUUCAGAGAAGUCCGAAACUCAGACUAAGAAACCAGCAGGUUUUAAAUCGGAAGAUGAAUUGAUUUCCUAUUUAAAAGAAGAUUAUGAUAAAGCAGUGUCUGGGGAAGAUGCUUUGUUGCUGUCGUGUGCCAGGAAUGCCUUCACUGCCAUUAAAUCCUAUUUAAAGACAGUGAGCAGCAAACAAGUAGAGGCUGACUGUGUAGAUAAAAUCAGACUUCUUUUAAAGUCCAGCAAAAUGAUCCGUCAGCUUUAUGGACAGAAUCCGGACAAAGGAGCCAAGAUCAGAGAAUGUCAGAUUCAAGCUUUGCUCAGAAUGGAAAUGUGUGUACAAUGUCCUUCAAUGCAGGCUAACGAGGAUGAACUGGAGCAACUUGUUGAAGAGGUAACUGACAUGCUGCGGAUUAUUUCUCUGACCGAAGAUCCCUCCUUCUUGACAAAAUUCCUGGCAACUUUCCUCACAGAGUAUAUAGGAAGCAUACCCAAAAUCCUGUCGGAAAUAUAUUUCAGUCUUGGGACACAGAUCCCUGAUGAGCUGGCAUUAGUUCUUCCUUCAGAUGGAGAGGACUCCUUCACACGUGAAGGAAAAACACCCAUGUAUUGUCAGCCAUCCAUGUCCAGGGUUCCAAGUGUGACACAAGUAGCCAAUGAGGAAGAUCAGCUUGAAGAGCUUCGAACCAGAUCAGCUAAGAAAAGAAGGACAAGUACUUUGGCACGGCACAGGAGUAUAGCAGAGUCGUCCCAAACUCUGAGGCAAAUUGAGAUCCCAAAGAAGCAAAAGAAUAAGGAGACCACUAAUCUUAAUCCUGUUAUAAUGGUGGAGAAGCUAAAGUUACCACUACCAGCACAGCCACAUAAAGAAGCUGAAGGCACGAAAGCGAGAAGGAAUCUGUUUGUCCAAGAGAACCAAUCGCCUACAAGAAGAGGCACCAAGAUGCCGAGGAGCCAAUCUGUAUCUGCAGUAGAAGGAUUGAAGCAUAAACGUAGCAAGACUCAUGAUGGCACUAGAGAUCAUCACAAGCUGCUGACCAAGAAGGUGACGGAGACCCCUGCACACAAACAGACUGCCAAUAGAUUACUCUACAGGCAGAUUAAAGGCCGGUGCAGCGAGUCUACUUCUGAUAUCAGCAUUGUUGAGGAAUCUCCAGAGAAGGAUUUUGGAGAUGUCCGUAGGAGCCCUCGAAUUAAGCAGCUAGCUUUUUCAAGAAGAAAUUCUUCUACUUUCUAUGCUUCACAGCCAAAAUCCCGUAAUCUGGAGAGGGUUCAUUCAGUAAGCCAGCAGCUCCUUCCUGAAAUUAAGAAAGGAAGCGUGCUCAGUGCUGAGGCAAAAACUCCUAAACGUUUACUUUUUGGAGAGGUGCUUGGAUUGACCAGUCCCCCAGCGAGAAAGGCAAGACGGAAGUUGCUGAGCGAUCCUGAACAUUUGACACAGGAGAUGCCAGAAAAGCACCAAAGGAAGACUCCACGAAAAAUGCCACAAAAAGCUGCUUCAAACUGUGAAGAGUCACUGGGAAGGAGACACUCUCAGAAAUCUCCCUGUACACCACGCACACCUGUACGAACGCCCAAGAGGCUUAAAACGCCUUCCAAAAGUCCACUGCAAAGGAAAGGUGCCAGAAACUUGGGCAACAUCUUCUCACCAUCUAAGCAAGAAGAACAAUCUACUUUGAAAUCUCCUGAAAGAAGAAGUGAGAGAUUAGUGCAGAUGACGCCUAGGAAAAGCGAUUCUCCAAAUAAGUGGCUUAGAUCUCCCUUAAAGACACUAAACCAACAUGUUACACCGCAAAAAGGUAGAGCAGAAAGAUCACAAGAUGUUUUUUUCAAAAGUCCAGAGAAGACACCUAAAGGACAUUCAAACACUAAUACCCCUGGGAAGCAGGGACCUCAGGCUUUAUACACCCCAAGGAAAUCGCUUAGAUUGCAAAGUUCAAAUGCAGAUACUGUAGCUAUAAUCAGUGAUCAACUUAAAACGCCACAAAAGUCUGUUGCACAAACGCCCACACCAAAGAAAUGUGUGGAGUGGAAGAGUUCUGUUGUGUUGCCUUUUGGUACUGAGAAUACCCCUAGAAAACAUCCAGCUGAAGAGGAGGAUUCCAUGUCGCCAAAAACCUCUUUCACUACAAGGUAUCAGCUUCGUACACCACAGAAGUCACAUUCCGCUGUUCCACAAACGCCCACGCCGAAAAAACACGUGGAGUGGAAGAGUUCUGUUGUGCUGCCUUAUGCUACAGAGCAUACACCGAGAAAGCAUGCAGCUGAAGAGGAUUCCAUGUCGCCAAAAACCUCUUUCACUACAAGGUAUCAGCUUCGUACACCGCAGAAGUCGCACUCGGCUGUUCCACAAACGCCCACGCCGAAAAAACACGUGGAGUGGAAGAGUUCUGUUGUGCUGCCUUGUGCUACAGAGCAUACACCGAGAAAGCAUGCAGCUGAAGAGGAUUCCAUGUCGCCAAAAUCCUCUUUCACUACAAGGUAUCAGCUUCGUACACCGCAGAAGUCGCACUCGGCUGUUCCACAAACGCCCACGCCGAAAAAACACGUGGAGUGGAAGAGUUCUGUUGUGCUGCCUUGUGCUACAGAGCAUACACCGAGAAAGCAUGCAGCUGAAGAGGAUUCCAUGUCGCCAAAAUCCUCUUUCACUACAAGGUAUCAGCUUCGUACACCGCAGAAGUCGUAUCCAGCUGUUCCACAAACGCCCACGCCGAAAAAACACGUGGAGUGGAAGGCUUCUGUUCUGCCUUGUGCUAAAGAGCAUACACCGAGAAAGCAUGCAGCUGAAGAGGAUUCCAUGUCGCCAAAAACCUCUUUCACUACAAGGUAUCAGCUUCGUACACCGCAGAAGUCGCACUCGGCUGUUCCACAAACGCCCACGCCGAAAAAACACGUGGAGUGGAAGAGUUCUGUUGUGCUGCCUUGUGCUACAGAAUCUACACCUAAAAAGUCAGAUCACUCUCCUGGAAAGCAUAUAGCUGAAGAGGAUUUUGUAUCUCGCCAAACCUCCCCUUUCACUACGAGGUAUCGCCUUAGAACACCACAAAAGUCCUUUUCACCCACACCAAAGAAAUGUGCUGAGUGGAAGAAGUCGGUUUCUUUUCCUGCUGAAUUUACUCCUAAUAAGUCAGUUGGCUCUCUUUCCAUAUCUCCAAAGACCACACCAUCUUCCAAAGCAUCUGCUUCAGGCAUUCUUUCUAUGCCACCGUGCCAGCCAGUGCUUAAAACUCCUACAAAGUCUCAGCCUGGUAAUGAGCUGCUUUCAGGUUCAAAAAAUGCUAGUCACGUUACCAAAGUGUUAAGUACUAGAGAGAGCCCAGUUGGUAGAUGUUUUUUAGUUUCUAAACACAGUUCACCAGUUCUAUCAAAUACCUUGCCAGCUGAACUUAAAGUUGUAUUGCCACGUUUAAAGAGCACUUCAGCAUUCAACUUCCCUUCGCCUAGAGGUGAUAUUGUUGUGUGCGAAAGGUUGGAUGGUUCAUCUUUGGAAAGCUCUGGGGGUUCAGGAUCUUUUCAAAAUACCUCACAGACAGAUGAAAGUAUUGAUAUAGCGGAAGCCAAAGUUGUUGCAUCAGAAACCUGUGAUCUGAAAAUGAAACUGUUGAUUACAAGGAAGCCUUCUGAUGCUGGCAGUUUGCCAAGCACACCAAAGGGUACAGGGAAUCUGCAGUGCGCUUCACCAUACGGUCUACGCCACACCGUGGACAGGAGGCAACGAGAAGCUGAGGCACGGCUUGGCACUCCACAAAUGCCAUCCAAGUUCUCAACUCCGAAAAGUCAGAAGAAAACCAUACCUCCCCCAACUUAUGAAGUUCAGCUUGAGAUGAGUGAGUCCGGUUUGCCUAAGCUUCGUUUUAAGAGGACGGAUUCCAACUCUAUGACAAGUGGGGUUAGAGUUGAGGACUCUCCAACCGUGUCUUGCACUAGGAAAGCAGAAGAUGGUCUUUUUGGUGAGACGUGGUGUAAUAAGCAUAUAAAGUUGGAAUCGGGUUGUGCUUCUCCUCGCCUACGGUCUUCCUACAAUACCCCUGGGAAAAGUAGUCUGCAGACAUUAAUCUGCCAGUCUUACACACCAAAAAGGUGUGCUUCUACUACUACUUCCCCCACACAAGCCGAUGCUGUCAGCCCUUGGACGCCAUCACCAAAAUAUAAAGAAAAAAAUGGCAGUGAUGUUAUUAACUGGCCGCGGAAAAAGAAAGCAUCUGCUGUGAAACCUGCGAACGUGCCAAAAGGAGACCAUACAAGUAGCACACCGUCGGCAGAAGAAGGAAGUCUAGAACAAGAUGCAAUUAAGGCUUCUCCUUUAAAUGACUUUGUUUUCGAUGGAAUCUCCAAACUUCAGGAGCAUUCUCCAAUCAUUGACUGGAAAGGUAAAAGUGACAUUGGAGCAAUGACUCUUAAAUCUAGAAAACGCUGCUUUGAACUCUUCUCUCCCUCAAAGGAAGCCCAGCCUAGUACUAAACGAUCUUGUACAUCGAGUAAUGCUGUUGAAGAUCUGGAAGAAUGUGUUAUUUCUUCAAGUCGGAGUCUAUCCUCAAACUUGAGUUCAUCACAGCAAAGUUCUUGUGAAGAUGACGUCUUUAAAAUUGCAGUCAUCACACCACCAGCAAAGGUGCCAAUAAGUUCCUUGUCUGCAAGUGGCCUGUUUUCACUUACUCAGUCACCAAUGCUGUUUAAAGGAAAAACGCCAUCUUCCAAGAGAAAGAUGCAAGAUUGUGAUUCCCAGCAAAGUACACCGGAGCAGAAAAGACCAACACUUCAGUCCAUUAACCCCGAUGAUUCCCCUUUCAGCAGUGCUCCUCCUUCAAAGCGUUCCAUCAGCAGAACAUAUACACGCAAAAAGCUCAUCACAUGACACAUUUAUUGUAAUGUUGACAUGUAGCUGCUAUAUAUAAAUAUAUAUAAGGUGCUAAUGCAGAAUAUGUUUUAUGGAAGCAGUGGUGAUCAAAGUCUGCUUCCUAAUAAAUGCAGUCCUAACCAGAUGCCUUAGAUCAGUGGUCAUCAACCCUGCCCUACAGGACCCACUAACAGGCCAGGUUUGCAAGAUAACUGAAAUACAUCA